AUGUCCCGGGCUUUUAAAAGCCAACUCUGGAAGCAGAGUGUCGCCCGAGUGUUGAAGCAAAAAUUGAAGGAGGAGCGGGAGGCCAAACGCGCCCAGCUGGACGGCAGACAUGACUACGUCCUCAGCAUUGUGGCAUCCUGCCUGGACCUGGAGAAGGCUGAUGUCGAGGAUGCUAUUCUGGAAGGCACACAGAUUGAUCGAAUGGAACACUUCUUUGCUGCUGGAGGACUUUCACACAUCAUGUUCUACUACCAGGAGGUGGAGCCAGCUGAAGCAGGUACAAUGAAGGUCUCAGGAGGGCAUUUAAACCUCAUUAACUCCAAGAUUAAGAAGCCCAAAGUGUUUGUAACAGAGGGCCGUGAUGUGGCUUUGAAUGGAGUGUGUGUGUUUUUCAUACGAGCAAACAUCUCCAAAGCCAUCACCGCAGAGAAUGUACACAGGGAUGUGAACUUUAACAUGCUGGACACCACGGAAGUGGGUCUGUUGAAAAGUGUGGAACAGCUUCUCUCUGAGAUCUUCAUCCCCACACUGAAGAAGAUGCACCAUGGCUGGGGGGAGCUGGCCACCCCCCAGGCCCUGGCAGUCAGGCAGGAUUUUCUCUGCUCCCUGGAGAGCUUUGUGGCAGUGCUCGGAGGGGCACAAGAGAGUCUUAUGGAGAAGGUCACCUUAAAAGAAUGUGACACAUAUGACUUAAAGACCCUUAAAGGACCAUCUGACUACAUGGCUGUCGCUAACAGCACAGAAGCUCUGGAGAAGAUAGAAGCCUGCAUGAAAGUAUGGACCAAACAGAUUGAGCAGGUACUGGCAGAAAGCAAUCAGCUUAGGAAGGAGGCAGAUGACCUGGGCCCACGGGCUGAGCUCGACCACUGGAAAAAGAGAAUGUCCCGCUUCAACUACUUGCUGGACCAGCUGAAGAGUCCUGAUGUGAAGGCAGUGCUGGGAGUCCUUAUGGUAGCCAAGUCCAAACUCAUAAAGUCUUGGCGAGAACUGGACAUCAGAAUCACAGACUCAGCAAAUGAAGCCAAGGAUAAUGUGAAGUACCUGUACACUCUGGAGAAGUUCUGUGACCCAUUGUACAACAGCGACCCUGUCUCCAUGGUAGAGGCAAUCCCUGGGCUCAUCAAUGCCAUCAGGAUGAUUCACAGCAUCUCUCGCUACUACAACACCUCAGAGAAAAUCACCUCCCUUUUUGUGAAAGUUACAAACCAAAUGAUUACAGCAUGCAAGGCCUACAUCACUAACAAUGGCACUGCCACGAUCUGGCAGCAGUCCCAGGAUGUUGUUGCUGUGAAACUAAAGGCUGCUAUCCACUUGAACAAGGAGUACCAGAACUGUUUUCACAAAACAAAACAAAAGCUGGAACAGAAUCCAUCAGAGAGACAGUUUGACUUCAGUGAGAUGUACAUCUUUGGGAAGUUUGAUACUUUUGAAAAGCGCCUCAACAAGAUACUUAGCAUGUUCAGCACCAUCAGCAUAUACUCAGCCCUGCAGGACUCCCAGAUUGAGGGCUUGGAGACCCUGGCUACAAGAUUUCAGGGCAUUGUCUUAACUGUGAAGAAGAAACAGUACAGUUUUCUUGACCAAAGACGGAUGGACUUCGAUCAAGAUUAUGAGGAGUUCUGUAGAAACACCAACGAACUGCAUAAUCAGUUGAGGACUUUCAUGGAAAGCACAUUUGAUAAAAUUCACAAUACAGAAAGAGCCUUGAGUGUGCUGAAGAAAUUUGAAAGACUUGGCAUUCCUGAUCUAGGAAUCAACGAGAAGUACCAGAGAAUUCUUCAGAACUAUGGCAGGGACAUUGAGAUGGUGUCCAGGAUUUACUCCAAGCAGAAAGGCGAUCCACCCAUUGCUCGGGACCUCCCGCCCGUAGCGGGCCGGAUCAUGUGGGCUCGGCAGCUCUUCCGUCGACUGCAGCAGCCCAUGGACCUCUUCCAGGAGCACCCUGGGGCUCUCUCCACGCCAGAGGCCAAGCGCAUCGUCCGUAACUACAAUAGGGUGGCCUCAGUCCUGCUGGAGUAUGAGGUACUCUACCACCGUGGCUGGCUCAGACAGAUCGAGGUGGCCAAAGGAGGCUUGCAGGCCUCUCUGCUGGUCAAGUCCUCAGAGACAGGGGAGCUGUUUGUGAACUUUGACCCCCAGAUCUUGACCCAGAUUCGGGAGACAGAUUGCAUGACGCGGAUGGGGCUAGAGACCCCACCAUUUGCUUCUGUUCUGCAGCAGAAACAGGAUGCCCUCAAGAGGAACUACAACAAACUGCAGCUGGUCCUCACAGAGAACACCAGGGUAAGGGGAAAGAUUCAGCCUGCCUUCCUGCAGCUGGCCACCCCCCACCUGGUCAAAGUGGAUGAUGCCAUCCUACCAGGCUUGACAUCCCUCAACUGGACCUCCAUGAACACAGAAAAGUACAUCAACCGUAUAACGACUGCACUCGGUAAGCUGAUUAACAACCUUGUUAAGUCCACUCUAAAGGAAGAGGCCCAGGAGCUGCUCUCCCAUUUCAACCAUCGCAACCUGGACGCCCUGCUGCGCCUGACACGCAACACCCUGGAGGGCCUGCGCAAGCGCAUCCACGCCUCCUCCCUGCUGCACUUCCUGGCCGACAGCGACUCUCCUGCCCGACAGAAAGGCGGCGGACCGCAGCCCAUCUUCCGGGCCAACAUCUCGCUGUCCAUUCCCAACAUAGUUAUGGUGCCGGUACUGGAUGAGAUCCAGCAGGCUCUGAACCGGGCCGUGGAGUGUGUGGUCUGCGUCAGCAGGGGAGUUGGCCAGUGGAGUAAGGAGAGGAUCUCUAAGGGGAAGAUGUGUGAGAGACGUAUGGCUGCUUUGAGGCAGGACAGCAUUGACAGUGACUCUGAAGAUGGAGAGACCUUCAGGAGCCUGGCCGAUGGCAGUACUUCAGACAUCUCGGCCUCUGUGAACCAGACCAUCCCCUUCCAGUCAAAGAACUACUACAAGAGUGUUUCAGAGAACAAGGAGAUUGUUAAGCUGGUGUCAGUGCUGAGUACCUCAAUCAACUCCACCAGAAAGGAUGUGACGAACGCUCUGGAUCGAUUCAGUCAUUAUCACCACAUCUGGAGGAAGGAUCGGGAUGCCACCAUCCUGGAGUUCAGUCAGGGCAGCCCCCUGCUCUCUGAAUUUGAGUCACAGAUCCUAUACUACAGGGACCUGGAGCUUGAGAUCAAUGCUGAGCCUGAGUUUGUCACUGUGGGAGCCCUGGCUCUCUACACAGCUGACCUGAAAAUGGCUCUGACAGCUGAAACCAAGGGCUGGAUGGUGGACUAUGGUCACCACUGCAACAGGAAGUACAGGACAGAGAUGGAACACAUCUUUAGCUUUGUGGAAGAGGCCAGCAAGAAACUCAACCGUCAGAUCAAGGACCUAGAUGAUAUUCGCAUUGCUAUGGCAGCCCUGAAGGAAAUCAGGGAGCAGCAGAUCACCAUUGAUUUCCAAGUGGGCCCAAUAGAGGAGUCCUACGCCAUGUUGCACAAGUAUGAGCUGUCCGUCGCCAAAGAAGAGGCGGAGCGGGUGGAUACUCUGCGUUAUACAUGGGAGAAGCUUCUGGCCCGAGGCACGGAGGUGCAGAAUGAGCUGGUCUCCCUGCAGCCAAACUUCAGGGGGGAACUCAUCAACAAUGUGCAGACCUUUGUGGAAGACUGCGAUAAUUUCUACCAGGACUACGACAAGGAUGGUCCCAUGGCUGUUGGUCUUGCCCCUCAGGAUGCCAGUGAUAGGCUCAUAAUGUUCCAGAAUCGCUUUGACAACCUAUAUCGUAAAUAUGUCACCUACACUGGGGGAGAGGAACUGUUUGGCCUCUCUGUUACUCAGCACCCUCAGCUACUGGAGAUCAGGAAGCAGCUGACCCUUCUCCAGAAGCUUUAUGGCCUCUACAACAAUGUUAUUGACACGGUCAAUGGAUAUUAUGACAUCCUGUGGGCCGACAUUCACAUUGAGAGGAUCAAUAAUGAGCUUCUAGACUUCCAGACACGGUGCCGAAAGCUCCCUCGUGCCCUGAAAGAGUGGCAAGCCUUCCUAGACUUGAAGAAAACUAUUGACGAAUUCAGUGAGUGCUGCCCCAUAUUGGAGCUGAUGACAAACAAAGCUAUGAUGACACGUCACUGGAAGAGGAUCACAGAGGUGACUAGACACAGUUUUGAGGUGGAGUCAGACACUUUCAAGCUCCGGAAUAUCAUGGAAGCCCCUCUUCUGAAAUGUAAAGAAGAAAUUGAGGACAUUUGCAUCAGUGCAGUCAAAGAGCGAGACAUUGAACAGAAACUGAAGCAGGUGAUUGCAGAGUGGGACAAUAAGACCUUCACCUUUGCCAACUUUAAAACGCGUGGGGAACUGCUGCUACGAGGAGACAGCACUUCUGAGGUCAUCGCCAGUAUGGAGGAUAGUCUGAUGGUGCUGGGCUCUCUCAUGAGUAACAGAUACAACACUCCAUUCAAGGCACAGAUCCAGAAAUGGGUUCAGAACCUUUCCAACACUACAGACAUUAUUGAGAACUGGAUGACUGUUCAGAACCUCUGGAUUUACUUGGAAGCAGUAUUCGUGGGUGGAGACAUAGCCAAACAGCUACCAAAGGAAGCAAAACGGUUCUCUAACAUUGACAAGUCAUGGGUGAAGAUAAUGACUCGUGCACAUGAGAUGCCCAAUGUGGUGCAGUGCUGUGUGGGGGAUGAGACCAUGGGCCAACUGCUGCCCCACCUGCUGGAGCAGCUGGAGAUAUGCCAAAAGUCCCUCACAGGGUACUUGGAGAAGAAACGGCUCAUGUUCCCUCGGUUCUUCUUUGUGUCGGACCCUGCACUCCUGGAGAUCCUGGGCCAGGCAUCGGACUCCCACACCAUCCAAGCACAUCUGCUAAAUAUCUUUGACAACAUAAAGACUGUCCGCUUCCAUGAUAAGAUGUAUGACCGGAUCCUGGCCAUCUCCUCACGGGAGGGGGAAACGGUGGAGCUGGAGCGGCCAGUGACAGCAGAGGGGAACGUGGAGGUUUGGCUGAACGCCCUGCUGAAGGAGUCCCGCCGUUCCCUGCACCUGGUCAUCCGACAGGCUGCCCUUGCCAUUCAAGACUCAGCCUUCCAGCUAAUAGAAUUCCUGGACUCCUUCCCUGCCCAGAUUGGUGUGCUGGGAAUACAGAUGAUCUGGACUAGAGACUCUGAAGAAGCCCUGGCCAAUGCGCGGUAUGACCGUAAGAUCAUGUCGAAGACAAACCAGAGCUUCUUGGAGCUUCUGAACACACUGAUUGACAUGACCACCAAGGACCUUGGCCCAGUGGAGCGGACAAAGUUUGAGACACUCAUCACUAUUCACGUCCAUCAAAGGGACAUCUUCGAUGAUUUGUGCCGGCUUCAUAUCAAAAGCCCCACAGACUUUGAGUGGCUGAAGCAGUGCAGAUUCUACUUUAAUGAGGACUCAGACAAAAUGCUCAUUAACAUCACAGACGUUGGGUUCAUCUACCAGAACGAGUUCUUGGGCUGCACAGACCGGCUGGUCAUCACCCCACUCACUGACAGGUGCUAUAUCACCCUAGCGCAGGCUCUGGGGAUGAGCAUGGGUGGGGCUCCAGCUGGCCCUGCUGGAACGGGCAAAACCGAGACUACCAAGGACAUGGGCCGGUGUCUGGGAAAGUAUGUGGUUGUGUUCAACUGCUCUGACCAGAUGGACUUCCGAGGACUGGGGAGGAUAUUUAAAGGCCUUGCGCAGUCGGGUUCCUGGGGCUGCUUUGAUGAGUUCAACCGCAUCGAACUGCCUGUGCUCUCGGUGGCUGCUCAGCAGAUAGCCAUUGUGCUGACCUGUAAGAAGGAGCGCCGCAAAAACUUCAUCUUCACUGACGGGGACAAUGUGGACAUGAACCCUGAGUUUGGAAUCUUCCUGACCAUGAAUCCAGGCUAUGCGGGUCGUCAGGAGCUCCCUGAGAACCUGAAGAUCAACUUCCGCUCAGUCGCUAUGAUGGUUCCAGACCGACAGAUCAUCAUCCGUGUGAAGCUGGCCAGCUGCGGUUUCAUCGACAACAUAGAGCUGGCGCGAAAGUUCUUCACGCUGUACAAACUGUGUGAGGAGCAGCUGUCUAAGCAGGUACAUUACGACUUUGGACUCCGGAACAUUCUGUCUGUCCUGCGCACCCUGGGAGCGGCGAAGAGAGCCAGCCCCAGUGACACGGAGUCCACCAUCGUCAUGAGGGUGCUGCGGGACAUGAACCUGUCAAAACUGAUUGAUGAGGAUGAGCCCCUGUUCCUGAGCUUGAUUGAGGACCUCUUCCCUGGGAUCCAGCUGGAUAAAGAAGGCUACCCUGCUCUGGAGAAGGCCAUUGACAAACAGGUUGCAGAAGCUGGUCUGAUCAGUCACCCUCCUUGGAAACUGAAGGUUAUACAGCUGUUUGAGACUCAGAGGGUUCGCCAUGGUAUGAUGGCCCUGGGUCCAAGUGGUGCUGGGAAGACCACGUGCAUACACACCUUAAUGCGAGCCAUGACAGACUGUGGCCAGCCCCACAGAGAGAUGCGCAUGAAUCCCAAAGCCAUCACUGCACCCCAGAUGUUUGGCCGCCUUGAUGUGGCCACCAAUGACUGGACAGAUGGUAUUUUUUCCACCUUGUGGAGGAAGACUCUGAGAGCCAAGAAAGGUGAGCACAUCUGGAUUGUCCUAGAUGGCCCUGUGGAUGCAAUCUGGAUUGAGAACCUGAACUCAGUUCUAGACGACAACAGGACCCUAACUCUGGCCAAUGGGGACCGUAUCCCCAUGGCUCCCAACUGCAAGAUCGUCUUUGAGCCCCACAACAUUGACAAUGCCUCUCCAGCCACAGUGUCACGCAAUGGGAUGGUGUUCAUGAGCUCCUCUGUAUUGAACUGGAGCCCCAUCCUGGAGGGCUGGCUGAAGAAGCGCUCGGCGUAUGAAGGAGAUGUGCUGAGAGAGCUGUACUCCACCUCUUUCCCUGAGCUCUACCGCUUCAGCUUGCAGUCCCUGGAGUAUAAGAUGGAUAUGCUGGAGGCCUUUGUGAUCAUGCAGAGCACCAACAUGCUGCAGGGCCUCAUUCCUCCAAAGGAGCAGGGUGGGGAAAUCUCACGGUUACACAUGGAGCGCCUGUAUGUCUUUGCUCUAAUGUGGAGCAUUGGGGCCCUCUUGGAGCUGGAGGACCGCAGGAAACUGGAGAGCUGGCUCCGUAACCAUGACAGUAUUCAGCUUGAUUUGCCUGAGCUGUGUCUGAACAGUGAGGACACCAUAUUCGACUUCCACGUCACUUCAGAGGGUCAGUGGGUCCACUGGAACACGCGGGUGGAGGAGUAUGUGUACCCGGCUGACAGCACACCAGAAUACGGCUCCAUACUGGUGCCCAACGUAGACAACAUCAGAACUGACUUCCUCAUCCAGACCAUCACCAAACAGGGCAAGGCCGUGUUGUUGAUUGGAGAACAGGGUACAGCUAAGACUGUUAUUAUCAAAGCAUUCAUGGGGAAAUAUGACCCAGAGUCCCACAUGGCAAAAAGCCUCAACUUCUCCUCUGCCACCACACCACUCAUGUUUCAGCGUACUAUCGAGAGCUACCUCGUAGACAAAAGAAUGGGGACAACGUAUGGGCCACCAGCUGGGAAGAAGAUGUCCGUAUUUGUAGAUGACAUCAACAUGCCUGUCAUCAAUGAGUGGGGAGAUCAGGUCACCAAUGAGAUAGUACGUCAGCUGAUGGAACAGAGUGGAUUCUUCAACCUGGAGAAACCAGGGGAAUUCACCAACAUUGUGGAUAUUCAGUUUCUGGCAGCCAUGAUCCAUCCUGGGGGUGGACGCAAUGACAUCCCCCAGAGACUGAAGAGGCAGUUCUCCAUCUUCAACUGCACCCUGCCCUCCAACGCUUCCAUCGACAAGAUAUUUGGAGUCAUCGGGACGGGCCACUACUGUUCCCGUCGAGACUUCCCAGAAGAGGUACGCCACAUGGUGGCUAAGCUAGUGCCGCUGACGCGCCGGUUAUGGCAGAUGACCAAGGUUAAAAUGUUGCCCACGCCUGCCAAGUUCCACUAUAUCUUCAAUCUGAGGGACCUGUCCAGGAUCUGGCAGGGCAUGCUCAACACCACCGCUGAGGUGCUCAACUCCCAGGAUGUAGCGCUGCAGCUGUGGAAACAUGAGUGUAAGAGAGUCAUUGCUGACCGCUUCACCAUUCCUGAGGAUGUGGCCUGGUUUGACCAGGCGCUGGCCAACCUGGUGCAGGAGGAGCUUGUAGAAGACUGUAAGGCUGUGGUGGAUUUUGGCGUGGACAGCUACUUUGUGGACUUCCUGCGGGACGCCCCUGAGGCUACAGGUGAGGAGCCAGAGGAUACAGAUUUUGACAUGCCGAAGGUUUAUGAGCCCAUAGAGUCCUUUGGGAGCCUGAUGGACAGACUGGACAUGUUCCUGUCCCACUAUAACGAGACCAUCAGAGGGACAGGAAUGGAUAUGGUGUUCUUCAAAGAUGCCAUGAUACACCUUGUGAAGGUGUCCCGUAUAAUCCGCACCCCGCGGGGAAAUGCCCUCCUGGUUGGAGUGGGAGGUUCGGGCAAACAGAGUUUGACCAGACUGGCAUCGUUCAUUGCCGGGUACAAGACCUUUCAGAUCACAUUGACGCGGUCCUAUAACACAGGAAAUCUGAUGGAUGAUCUUAAGGCUCUGUAUAGGACAGCAGGGCAGCAGGGCAAAGGCAUCAGCUUCAUAUUCACAGAUAACGAGAUCAAGGACGAGGCCUUUCUGGAGUACAUGAAUAAUGUGCUAUCAUCGGGAGAAGUGUCAAACCUGUUUGCCCGAGAUGAGAUGGAUGAAAUUAUCAGUGACCUCAUUCCGGUGAUGAAGCGGGAGUUUCCCCGGCGACCGCCAACCAAUGAGAACCUGCACGAGUACUUCAUGACUCGGGUCCGCCAGAACCUGCAUGUGGUGUUGUGUUUCUCUCCUGUGGGGGAAAAGUUCCGCAACCGGGCCCUGAAGUUCCCAGCCCUGAUUUCAGGCUGCACCAUGGACUGGUUCAGCCGCUGGCCCAAAGAUGCUCUGAUUGCAGUGUCAGAGCACUUCCUCUCCUCCUAUGACAUCGAUUGCUCGUCCGAGGUGAAGGGGGAGGUGGUGCAGUGCAUGGGCUCCUUCCAGGACGGAGUGGCGGAGAAGUGUGCGGACUACUUCCAGAGAUAUCGCCGCUCCACCCAUGUCACGCCAAAGUCCUACCUGUCUUUCAUCCAGGGCUACAAAACCAUCUACAGUGAGAAACGGUCUGAGGUACAGACCCUCGCCAACAGGAUGAACACUGGACUACAGAAGCUGAAGGAGGCCUCUGAGUCAGUGGCUGCCCUCAGCAAGGAGCUGGAGGUGAAGGAGAAGGAGCUGCAGGUCGCCAAUGAGAAGGCUGACAUGGUGCUGAAGGAGGUGACAGUGAAGGCUCAGGCAGCGGAGAGGGUAAAGCUGGAGGUUCAGAAAGUGAAAGAUAAAGCCCAGGCUAUUGUGGACAGCAUCUCUGCAGACAAGGCCAUCGCUGAGGAGAAGCUGGAGGCGGCCCGCCCUGCCCUGGAAGAGGCAGAGGCAGCCCUACAGACGAUUAAGCCGUCGGACAUCGCCACGGUACGCACGCUGGGGCGCCCCCCCCACCUGAUCAUGCGCAUCAUGGACUGCGUGCUGCUGCUGUUCCAGCGGCGGGUCAACACGGUCAAGAUGGACCCUGAGAAGAGCUGCACCACCCCCUCCUGGCAGGAGUCCCUCAAACUCAUGACCGCAGGGAACUUUUUGGGGAGUCUACAGCAAUUCCCGAAAGAUACCAUCAAUGAGGAGGUUGUGGAUCUCCUCAGUCCCUACUUUGACAUGGCUGACUACAACAUUGAAACGGCCAGGCGUGUGUGUGGGAACGUGGCUGGACUGUGCUCUUGGACCAAAGCAAUGGCCUCAUUCUUCUCCAUCAACAAGGAGGUGCUUCCGCUAAAGGCUAAUUUGGCAGUGCAAGAGAACAGAUUGGCCAUUGCUAACACCGAUCUGCAAACAGCACAAGCAGAGUUGGAUGACAAACAAAAGGAGCUGGAUGUGGUUCAGGCCGAAUAUGAGACAGCUAUGAUGGAGAAGCAAACUCUGAUGGAGGACGCGGAGCGCUGCAGGCACAAGAUGCAGACGGCGUCCAGCCUCAUCAGCGGCCUGGCUGGGGAGAAGGAGCGCUGGACAGAGCAGAGCAAGGAGUUCGCUGCCCAGACCAAGCGCCUCGUCGGUGAUGUCCUGCUGGCUACUGCAUUUCUGUCCUACUCUGGUCCCUUCAACCAGGAGUUCCGUAACCUGCUGCUCUCCGACUGGCAGCGGGAGAUGAAGACGAGGCGUAUCCCAUUUGGAAACAACCUGAAUCUGACAGAGCUGCUGAUAGACGCUCCCACGAUCGGCGAAUGGAACCUGCAGGGACUGCCCAACGAUGACCUAUCCAUUCAGAAUGGAGUCAUUGUCACCAAAGCUGCCCGAUUCCCCUUGCUUAUUGACCCUCAGACACAGGGCAAGAUCUGGAUCAAAAACAAGGAGGCCAGGAAUGAGCUGCAGAUCACUUCCCUGAAUCACAAGUACUUCAGGAACCAUCUGGAGGACAGCCUGUCUCUUGGGCGCCCCCUGCUGAUUGAGGACGUGGAGGAAGAGUUGGACCCAGCACUGGACAAUGUGCUUGAGAAGAACUUCAUUAAGACCGGUUCUACCUACAAGGUGAAGGUAGGAGACAAGGAGGUGGAUGUGAUGAGUGGGUUCCGCCUGUAUGUUACCACUAAACUCCCCAACCCGGCAUACACACCUGAAAUCAGCGCCCGGACGUCCAUCAUCGAUUUCACCGUCACCAUGAGGGGCCUGGAAGAUCAAUUGCUCGGCCGGGUCAUCCUGACAGAGAAACAGGAGCUGGAGAAGGAGCGGACAGACCUUCUGGAGGAUGUGACGACCAACAAGCGCAAGAUGAAGGAGCUGGAGGACAACUUGCUGCUCCGGCUGAGCAGCACAGAGGGCUCGCUGGUGGACGACCAGAGUCUGAUCGUCGUCCUGGGCAACACCAAGCGCACGGCCGAGGAGGUUACGCUGAAGCUGCAGAUUGCCACGGAGACGGAGGUCCAGAUCAACGCUGCUCGAGAAGAGUACCGGCCUGUGGCCACCAGGGGCAGCAUCCUAUAUUUCCUGAUUACUGAGAUGAGCAUGGUCAAUGUCAUGUACCAGACCUCCCUUCGUCAGUUCCUGGGCCUCUUUGAUCUCUCCCUGGCCAGGUCGUUAAAAAGCCCAAUUACGAGUAAGCGGAUAGCAAACAUCAUAGAGUACAUGACCUUUGAGGUGCACAGGUAUGCUGCCCGGGGCCUUUAUGAGGAACACAAGUUUCUCUUCACUCUCCUUCUGACAUUGAAGAUCGAUAUGCAGAGCAACCGCGUGAAACACGACGAGUUCCUGACCCUCAUCAAAGGCGGUGCCUCUCUGGAUCUGAAAGCCUGCUCUCCUAAACCUGCCAAGUGGAUUUUGGACAUGACCUGGCUGAACUUGGUGGAGCUCAGCAAACUCUGGCAGUUCUCUGACAUUCUAAAUCAGAUCGGCAGGAAUGAGAAGCAGUGGAAGACUUGGUUUGAUAAAGAGGCCCCAGAGGAGGAAGUCAUCCCAAGUGCUUAUGACCAAGGCCUGGACUGCUUCCGUCGCCUGCUCCUCAUCCGCUCCUGGUGCCCUGACAGGACCAUCGCUCAGGCUCGGAAGUACAUCAUGGACUCGAUGGGGGAGCGAUAUGCGGAGGGUGUGGUUCUUGACCUGGAAAAAACGUGGGAGGAGUCAGACCCCCGGACCCCUCUGAUCUGCUUCCUGUCCAUGGGCUCUGACCCCACAGAUUCAAUCAUCGCACUGGGGAAGAGGCAGAAGAUUGACACCCGCUAUGUGUCCAUGGGCCAAGGGCAGGAGGUCCAUGCCCGCAAACUUCUGCAGCAGAGCAUGGCUAAUGGAGGCUGGGCCCUGCUGCAGAACUGUCACUUGGGACUGGACUUUCUGGAUGAGCUGAUGGAUACUGUCACGGAGACUGACUCAGUCCACGAGACCUUCCGUUUGUGGAUGACCACCGAAGUCCACAAGAACUUUCCCAUUACUCUGCUGCAAAUGUCAAUCAAAUUCACCAAUGAGCCCCCGCAGGGACUAAAGGCGGGACUAAAGAGAACAUAUGGAGGCAUUAACCAGGACCUCCUGGACGUCAGCAACAUGGUUCAGUGGAGGCCGAUGCUGUACGCUGUGGCCUUCCUUCACUCCACAGUCCAGGAGAGGAGAAAGUAUGGAUCCCUGGGCUGGAACAUCCCCUAUGAGUUUAACCAGGCUGAUUUCAACGCCACGGUGCAAUUUGUGCAGAACCACCUGGACGACAUGGACAUCAAGAAGGGUGUGUCUUGGUACACGGUGCGCUACAUGAUCGGAGAGAUUCAGUACGGAGGAAGAGUGACUGAUGACUAUGACAAACGUCUCCUGAACACAUUUGCGAAGGUCUGGUUCAGUGAGAACAUGUUCGCGGGGGACUUUGUCUUCUACAAGGGCUACAGCAUACCCAAGUGCAACAAUGUGGACCAGUACCUCCUGUACAUCCAGGGUCUACCUGCUUACGACACCCCAGAAGUGUUUGGCCUGCACCCCAAUGCUGACAUCACCCACCAGAGCAAACUGGCCAAAGAUGUGCUGGACACCAUCCUCAGCAUCCAGCCCAAAGACAGCUCCAGCGGGGGAGGGGAGACCCGGGAGGCCGUGGUCGGCCGACUGGCAGACGACAUGCUGGACAAACUUCCAGCGGACUAUGUUCCCUUUGAGGUGAAGGAGAGGCUGCGGAGGAUGGGCGCCCUCCAGCCCAUGAACAUCUUCCUGCGGCAGGAGAUCGACAGGAUGCAGCGGGUCAUCGCUCUGGUCAGGAACACCCUGACCGACCUGAAGCUGGCCAUCGACGGCACCAUCAUCAUGAGCGAGAGUCUGCGUGACGCUCUGGACUGCAUGUACGACGCACGCAUCCCCGCGCGCUGGAAGAGGGCAUCUUGGGCCUCCAGUACCCUGGGGUUCUGGUUUACUGAACUGCUGGAGAGGAACCGGCAGUUCCAAGCCUGGAUUUCUGAAGGAAGACCACACUGCUUCUGGAUGACUGGCUUCUUCAAUCCACAGGGCUUCCUGACAGCCAUGAGACAGGAAAUCACACGCGCUAACAAGGGCUGGGCGCUGGACCGCAUGGUGCUGUGUAAUGAGGUCACCAAAUGGAUGAAGGACGACAUCACCCAGCCCCCUGCGGAGGGCGUGUAUGUGUACGGCCUGUACCUGGAAGGUGCCGGCUGGGAUCGCAGGAACUGCAAACUCAUCGAGUCCAAACCCAAAGUCCUGUUCGAGAUGAUGCCUGUUAUCAGGAUGUAUGCAGAGAACAAUGGUGUUAAAGAUCCCCGCUUGUACUCCUGUCCCAUAUACAAGAAACCUGUGCGGACAGACCUGAAUUAUAUCGCUGCUGUCGAUCUGCGCACCGCAGCAACGCCAGAACACUGGAUCCUGCGGGGAGUGGCACUGUUGUGUGAUGUCAAAUGAGCUCCCAAAGACACGCAGAGCAAGUUUACACCAGUUGGAAUGGUGAUUUUCUGCAUCACCCAGACUAGCUCUACUGGUCUCCUGGGAAGAAAGGAUUCUUGUAAUUUAAGAAAACUAUUACCAUAUACCAUACUGUACUAAACGUGUAUUAUUUUGAAGAUUUUUAUUUUAUAUUCUAGACAAAUGUUAUAGUAACUGUAAAGCUAAAAAAAUAAAUUUUAAACUGUUCAUGAAUGUGUUAUAGUGUUUCUGCUGUAUCAAGUUUGAUUUGGCACAGUUCCUUUUUUAAAUGUCGGAAACAAACAGACAGUUUGGUUUUCCCAGUAGACUGUAAAAGUUGAGAUGCAGCUAAGAUGUGACCAGUGAUGCAUGAGCACCUGCUCUGAAAAGUAUAUCUCACAGUUUAACAGAAGCACAAAGCUUUGAUUUAAUAGAAUACAUUUAACUCUUGGCUGAGUUCACAAAAUAUUUUGCAUACAGUUUCUGUAAAUAUGGUCAUU